UUGUAAUAGAGUUGGUAAGCGAACAGUAUGGAUCCUAAUCAGACUGCGCGGUUGCAACCCAUUAUGUUGGUUUUGUCAUGGCGCGGCUCAUAUAAAUGUUCAUUCAAAAUAACUUUAAAUUUUAUCAACGUUUCUUUCCAGCACUAUUUUACAAGAAUAUCCAACUAAUAGAUAUACAUGUAUUUUUAUUAUUUUUAUUUUUUUUAUCAAUGCUUGAAAUAUUUUUACGAAUAUGUGCCCAUUUCAGACCAAUCCAGUUUAAAUAGUUCCUAAACUUUCAAGGCAAUCGCUGUCCGAGCUAUUGUUGAAAGGAUGCAAUGUAAAUAAAUUAGAAAAUACUGUUUGGACAAUGACUGUGGUCAAGUUAUCAACAUUCAUCUAUCCAUGACUUUCGAAAGAUUUGCUUAAGACGAUAUCAGGGUAGGGUCACGUUCUAAUUUAUUGAUUAAAUAAACAAUGGAAUAUUUAAAAGUGAGUGGAUAAAAUAAAUAAUAUCAUGGGAUUUUCAUUGUUCUUUGGCGAUUAAAAGAUAAUACUUUUGAUAAAGAUUAUUAAGGAUUGUUGCAGAUGAAACAGCUCUAUUAAUAAAAAGACUGCAUAGAAAUACCGAUUCUUUUGAUAAAAAUAUAGAUUUUAAUGUCAAAGUAAGAGGUGUAGAUCAGUUAUUUGUAUUAUUAUACUGGUCAUACUAUUAGUGUUCAAACAUGGAAGAGAACGGAUCUCCAUUUACAGACAAUAUUACAACGAGAAGAAAACAUCGUGAAGCAGACGAUGAAAAUAAAGCAUUAUUACCGGAUAAACAAGACAACGAUGACGACUCGGGUUAUCGAAAAUUUCGUGGUUUAGACAUAAAGACAACGUGGCUACAUUGGUUAAUUGGGCCUAUUGUGUUUGCGUAUAUGUUUGCUAUGUUAUGUUCAUAUUACGCUCUUGUUGAAUACACGAAUCAGUACUUCAUGAAAAGUGAGUACAAGAAAGCAAAUUUGUCUCUAGACAAUACAACAGAUGCGUUCUGUAAAGUAGACAAAGAUAACAUUGUAUAUCAAACUGAAGCGAAGGCAACAUCUCAAGCAUCAACGUGGAAUGUAUAUUAUUCUGUCGCCUCAGGUGUUCCUGCCGUCAUUUCUAACAUGGUGUUAGGUUCAUAUACUGACGCCUUCGGUCGUAAGUUCUUGCUAGCUGUGGGAAUAAUAGGCACCUGUCUUAGACUAAGUAUAGCUGCAGUAACUAUCUAUCUAGAGGCAGAUUUGAUAUAUAUACUCAUUGCUUGCUUUGUCGAAGGUUGCACGGGUCAAUAUGCUACAACCCUACAAGUCUCACUUGCUUACAUCGCUGAUAUAACAAAACCAGGACGAGCAAGAAUCCUAGGAAUUAUAUUCAUAGAGUUUGUGAUAGGUGUAGGCCUAUCUGCUGCUAGCCUUGCGGAAGGAUACAUGGUUGAGUGGAAAGGCUACAUGUUUACAUUUGCUUCAAUGGCAGGAGUUCUUAUCCUUACAUUGAUCUUAAUGAUCUGCUUUCUUCCAGAAACACUCUCCAAAGAACAUCGCCAUAGAAAUAAAUCUUGUAUAGGCUUAUUAAAGAUCAGUAUUUCAUUCUUUGUUGAUAAUGACUCUGAGAACAGGCGAUGGAAAUAUCAGCUCGUCUUGUUGAUCCAUGCUUUAUGUAACAUAAGUUUCCUGUCCAGACUACCAACUGAGACACUGUACCAACUAGCGUCUCCUUUCUGUUGGUCACCAACAAAGAUUGGUAUAUAUGCUGCUAUACGAACAUUAGUGAUCAUGUUUGUCGGGUUAGGAUCGGUGCAUAUAUUCUCGCUGUUCAUUGACGAGAUUUGGAUCUGCAUGAUAGGAACUGCAUCUUACGCAGCAGCGUUCUUCUGGACGGCGUUCGUAAACAGCGAUUUGGUUUAUUAUAUAAUUAUAGCUGUUGGAUGUUUUGGCCCGUUAUCGACCACAAUGCAGCGUAGUAUUCUCUCUCAUUUAACACCACCUGAAAAACAAGGAGCGAUAUUUAGUGCUGUAGGAACAUUAGAGGUUGUGACGUCACUAUUAGCAAACGUAAUGACAAGUUGGAUUUACGCAGCCACCGUUACAUACAUGCGCGGCUUAGUCUUUCUUACAGUUGGUGGCUUUGAUGGAAUCUGCAUUGUUCUGCUAAUAGUAUUGAAGAUAGGAUGGGAAGUUGAAAAGAGAAGAAAUAAAUACAAAAAACUUCCACAAGUUGAGAUUAUUGUUCCAGAAUAAUUGAUAUGUGAGAUUGGACACUACACUGAGAUUAUGAUGAUAAGAUAACUGUGAACUAUUUAAUAUGUGAAUAUAAGAUAUAUGUAAAAUAAGGGAGGUAAAUAUGUAACUUUGCUUAUAAACUUUGGCAAUAUGUACUAUAGAGUUAUCCCUCUUAUUGUUAAAAAUAAAAGUCUCAUUAUUCUUUUAAAGUGGAUUGAUCUCCAAUAGUCACAUUUUCUAUAUGUAUUUUAAAUCUCGAUAAAACCGUAGAAAUUCAUCAUUUGUAUAUUCUUUUGGAUUAAUUUAUAUGUGUGUAUAUGUAUAUAUGAGACUUUAAUAAAUAAAGAAAUCGAUCCAUUUGAAACGAGUAUAUGAAAAUAGCCGUAAUUGCUGUUCAAUUUGAAAUAAAAAAAAUAAUAAAGAA